AAUACGAAAAAGAAAUAUCUAAAUUGCCGUGGCAGUGAAAAAAUGAUUACGCCAAAUAAAGAAGGAUAGUAGAAACUGUUUUUCCUUUUCGACGCGCACGAGGAAGUUUGCCUUUGCCCGGUGAAUCAGAUAUGCAUGAAUUGCCGUUAUAUGACGCGCAGCUCUGCCACUGAAAGGAAAGGGUGCCCAACUGCAAUUGAGUUCCUACGCGGUGAGUACAUUCGCACGUUUGAACGUAUUUACGUACAUUCGGCGACUGGUCCAUCGGCCCACUCGUGCGUCGUACGCUCGUCCAUCUGCAUACAUAUCGUUGAUGGGCGCCUAGCGUAGAUACCCUGAAGCUGCAUAACCGGAAGGGCAUCGCAAAAGGGCAAGCGCGGCAAACGAGCGUCCAGGCAAACAAGGCAAACCCCGUGAACAAGGCAAACCGACCAACGGGGGGAAAACAAAACUUCAGCUUUCCAGCUUUAAAAUGUAGAGAUGAGAAACUUCGCUCCAAAAGGUCAAAGGCGAAGAGAGUUUUAUUUUUCCCCUUGUUUGUGUCAAUCGAGCAGCGUACGUGGAUAACGUGAAGGUGUGUGUACGUCGGCGAGCAGAGGCCCCAAUCCCCAUUUCGCUAAAGCGCGCUCGUCGAGACGAAGCGUGUUUCUGCUCGCAGCUCCGACGGACGGCGUAGCCAGCAUGUUACUUAAGACCAGGAGGAGGCGAUGUUCACAUGGCAGAAGGGAAAUAUGAUCUCGAGCGAGUUGAGAGGAGAAGGUGAGGGUGUGUCGGGUUCUGAAAAGAGGGGUGAAGUGAAACCCGGAGAAGCGCCAAGAGGAGAGGUACAUAAGGAUGAAGCACAAAGUGGAAAUUUUCGAUCCGACGGGGCGUCCAGCCUGGAUGGCGGAGAGGGAGAUUCCCCAAUGAGGGAUGCGAACUCCAUGGAGGGGGUCCAAAAAAGAUACGCGAAAAAAAAGAAAAAGAAAAAAUCCUUUUUUUUGCCCUUCCUGAGUGAGAAGUCAGCGAGGAAGGACUGGCGCGGAGGAAAUGUGAUGUCCCUUUUUGCGUUUUCCCUGGUGCUGUACAUCGUAAGGAAGGGCAUCAGCAACUUGCAGGAGGUGAAGGAGGACGCCUCCGACGGGGGCAGCUAUGGCACACACGAUUUCGCUAGCAGUGGGCGAAAGGGGGGGUCCGCCGUGAAGCCGUACUUCAGCCGAAACGGAGACAGCGAGAACUUCCCCUUCGAGGACGACGAGUUUAUUUACAUCCCCAACAGGAAGAGCGACAACACGAUUCGUCUGAAGAAUGUCGCGGGGACGGAAAUAAUAGACAAUAAUUUUCUAAGCGUUUACUCGGAGAAUAUGAAAUAUUUGAGGCAGACGAGUUUGAAUUACUCCCUUCACCAAAGAGCGCUCUCCACAGAAUGUUACGUCUAUUUUAGGAGCUUCCUGAAGCAAGCCAUCUCCCCACACAGUUUAACGAAGGCUAUUAAAAUUGAUAAGGAGUACAUUUACCCCUGGGAUGUGAUUACCCAAGAUGAUGUAGAAAAAAUUAUUGAAAAUGCAAAAUUUUACGCCUUUUUAUUUACUUGGUUUAAGAACCAUCGAAUGGCACAGAAGGUAGAUAAGGUGACUUUGAAAAAGGAAAUGCCUGUUUUGUCUCCUCGAUUUGUACAAAGGCCAGAUAUAUACACGCACUUUUUUAAAAAGAAUAAUGUGAAGGACCCGAAUUUUUAUGGUAUUCACUACACAUGGUUGGGUCAUGCCACCGGCUUGGUUGUAGUGGAUGGGUUCAAAAUAUUGGUAGAUCCCGUUUUUAAAAUUGAUUUGAUGAGUUUGAAGGGAUUAACUAGAUCGUUAAUAAAUUGGAUUAAUGUAAAAAUUAUGGGAGGGUUAGGAGAAAGGAUCACCAAGUCGCCUUGUAAUAUAAGGAAUCUGCCGGACGACCUACACGCAGUGUUCGUUUCGCAUAAUCAUCAUGAUCACAUUAUGGAGGAAGACGUUCGGGUAUUAUGUAAGUUGAAAAAAUUCCAGCACGUCUUGUGGUAUGUGCCAGAAGGUACAGCUAGCUUUUUUAUAAGAGAAGGUUGUAAGGCAGCCAAAAUUUUUGAGCUCUCCUGGGGUGAUGAAAGGUGGGUCUCCUGCUGGAUUUCGCAUAAACAGUUCCAGUGUAAGGAUGGCAUAUGGAAUAGUAAAAAUGGGGAGAAGCAAGUGUUUAAAUAUAAAAUUAUAUACGCUCCCACGCUGCACUGGUCAGGUCGGAAGGACAAUCUUAGUGAUAUUAACCACACCCUGUGGGGGUCCUUAAUAUUGAAGGGUCCAAAGCAUCGGUUUUAUUUCUCAGGAGACACAGCGUACUUGAAAGAAAAUUUCGAAGAGUUUAAAAAAAUCGGACGGCUGCAUGGCCCCUUCCACUUAGCCGCAAUUGCUAUUGGAGCGUACGAACCGAAUAACUCUCUCAAAUAUCAUCAUGUGCAUCCUUGGGAGUCUGUGAAGAUAUGGAGGGAUAUAAAGGCAGAAACGGCCAUUGGAGUCCACUGGGGGACGUUCCGUCUAUCAGCUGAGGAGUUUAUGCAACCGAGGGAUGAGUUAGAAGCAGCUUUGUUGGGGGUGAGUCUGCACACGUUACGUAAUUCGAUCCUUCCUUUUGAGAAACGAAAAAUGGAGAUCCUCAAAAAAUAUGCCAUUAAGAAUGACAAUGAGGAGGAAAACGAAACGGAUGACUUGGAAGACCUCAAGGAGUAUUUUUACCCCGCCACUGAGGAAAACGCACAUGAAUACACAGACAGUUUCCAUUCCCUUUUCGCAAAAAAUUUGAAUCUCUUCUAUAGUGAUAUUGAUAAGAAUUAUGUGAAGCAUAUGUACCAACAGAAGAGGCUAUACGCAUCUACCUACAACAGGUAUAAGAGAGCUCUGUUUUUACGCAACUCGAAGAAGCUUCCAAAAAGCUGGAAGAAGUUGCUCCUAAAUUUGUCUAUACGCUUUCAAACCAUCCCCAUUGGGGGAUCCAUGGAGGUCAUUUCGAAGGGGGACAACACCAUAUCGAUGACGAGGUCCACCGAAUAUAAUUCCAUGCAGUACGAGCACUACACCUUUCCCAAGUGGUACAAGGAUAGGGAGAGGGAGGGGGAGACCCCCAGCCAGAACUCCCUCUCGCUGGAGGAUUUGAUGGACUUCCACAUAGUCAGUUAG